CCAGAAAUUUCCCCUCCCUCUCUGCAGAAUCCGGAUCUGCCCUGCUUUGCUCUGUCCUUCCGCCGGCUGCUCUUGAUUGUGGGUGAUUUCUGGGCAUUUUUCUGAUUGCCGCCGGCCUUCUUCCCCCUGCUAGGUCCGGUUCUUGCUGGAAAAUUCUGGUAUGUGACAGCCUUUUAAGGCUUAAAUUGUCCAUUUUGUUUGCUGCCUUGUAUGUCCGAAUUUUGCUAGAAAAAUGGGGAAGAAUUCGAUAGCUUUAGGACCAUGAUUUAGCUUAAUUGAAGUGGGAUUUAUGUGAUUGAGUGUUAAUUGCUUGUUGUGAUUUUUGGAGUAAAAUCCCGUGAGAUUAGCUAGUGUUUUGGCCAUUUGUGGAAGUGCAGUUACUGUUCAUGGCACUGUUCACGGGUACUGUUCACAGAACACUGUUCACACCCCGGGGCCAAUAAUUAACGGGGAUUUAAAUGAUUAGUUGUGAUAUGAGAACGAAUUUGGAGAUGUUCGAUCAUGUGGAAAGUGAUAGAAAUAGCAUUGUGAUUAGGAAUGAUCCUAAUGAUGAUUUCAGUGUGAAUUUGUGAUAGUGGUAUUAAUUGUGGAUAUUUUGAUUAGGUCCUCGAUCGUUUUGUCAGUUAGCACUGAGAGUGAGUGCUCGGUUUUAUGCGAGUGAGGUAAGUAAUUUAUGGUAAUGCCCGUACUGUUUUAAAAGCAUGUUUUGAUUUGUUUUUGAAGUGGUGGCGGGACUAAACCCGUUUUACACAAGUGUGACUGAUUUGAAGUGAAAUGUUUUAUGCUUUCAUUAAAUUGAGCAUGUCUACUUGAAAUUUGAUUGAUUGUCCUGAUUAUUUGAAAGUGAUUGGUGAAUUAUGUUUUUCUAUUAACUUCAGCCUGUUUUGUCUCUGAUGUGGUCGUGUUAUUACUGACCCUGCUAGUAGGGGUUAAACGCUAGCACAUGUCGACAUGUUAUUGAUAGGACCGGUUCGUUCGACUGACCCUGCUAGUGGGGGUUAUACACCAGCAAAUACUGACCCUGCUAGUGGGGGUUAUACACCAGCAAAUCGUGGCUCUGCUAGUGGGGAUUAUACACUGGCCGUGACCUAUAGAGGAGACGUCUAUUUCGUGCCCAUACUGUAUCCGUUUUUCGUGAUUGUACUUGUUGGCAUGCUAUAAGUUUAAUUAAGGGCACUCCAUAUUUACUUACUGAGUUUAUCUCAUAGUUUUUCCUUGUCCACUAUUUCAGGAAGUGAAACCGAGGACGGGGAAACCACGGGAAGUGACGAGUUAGAAAGCUAGCCAUUUCGGGAUUGAUAUAGAUUGUAGAAGUAAAUCAUGAUCUUGUAAACUAGAAUGUAUUUGGAGAUUUAUGAUAUCAGAGUAAAUUUUAAAGAUUUGAUCUUCAGAUUUUGAUGGUAUCAGAGUAUGAUAUGAUUAAGUUCCGAGCCUUGUGCACUUGUGGGACUCGUCUCACGAGUGCACGGCGUCUGUCACGUCCCCGGAUUUGGGUUCUGGGGCGUGACAAUUAUAUAAC